AUGCUAGAGAGAGAACUCUCUACUCUCUCCAUUGACUCUUCGUCGAACCUGCCCAUCGACAAGCUUCCCAACGAAUUGUUGGCAAAAAUUUUCUACCUUGCGGCAAUGGAGACCAGGCACGACUCUAUACCAGCUCCUUUUAUCAUCUCACAGACAUGCCAACGUUGGCGGACUGUCGCGCUGUCGACCAGUGAUCUAUGGAAAUUCAUCAGUUUCAAUUUCCCACUAUCAUCUAUUCAGUACCUUCGGGCGAACAGCAUGCUGUCGAGGUCUCCUACAUUCCCGCUCGAUCUUUUAAUGGAUUUCCGUGAUCCGUCUUGGGACUGGGAAGAAGAACCUCACGGCUUCACCUCCAAUGGCAUGCGAUCCGUAAUCCGACUCCUUGAGCCGCACAUCAACCGCCUGCAAGACGUAGAUAUCCUUCUCGAUACCUGGGCACCGAUGCAUACCUUUUUAUUAGAGACUCAAAAACUCGACGUAGCGUCAUUACCAGCGUUAAAGCGACUGUCCCUUUCUCGUUGCAACGCCUAUUUUGCUCUAAAAGGCCAGAUUUUCCAACCCCAGCACUUACGAGACCCCUUACCGUUAUUCGGUGGGAUCCCUCUACCGGGACUCAAUCACCUCUCCCUCGUCGGAGUCCACGUUGAUUGGAGCGCUGCAGCCUCGUCCCUUAGUAAUCUCACCAGCCUAGAGCUGAAAUACCACGCCCCCGACGUCCUUCCUACCUGGAAGGAAUUUGCGGACCUUAUAGCCGGGUCCCCUGAUUUGCGCCACCUCUCGGUGAUCGGGUCGUGUCCCGGUGGCGCAGCAGGAUCGACCUUAAUUUCAGCCCUGAUGUUGUCUCAUUUCACUUUGGGAUUCGUGGAUGUGGACGAUGCCGUUCAGUUCGUCUCUAGUAUGCAUUUUCCGGCACUGGAGAGCCUCUCGUUGGAGGAUAUCAGGAAUGCCUUGGAUCCCUUCCAGGCCAUGCAAGACGCGUCCGCUCUUUUGGAAUGCUUUGUCCGAGUGACGAAUUCAACGAUCCCAUUGCAUGGGAUUCGGUCUCUGAAGCUUAACGAAAUUUAUACUACCAAGGAGGAGGCGCUGGAUAGUUUCUUCUCAAUCCUUUCCUCGGUGACGGAGAUGGAUUUGUCUGAGAGUAUCCCUUUGGGUGCUCUUGAGCCCAGUCCUGGCGUCGUUCCUUGUCCGUUACUUCGCACUUUACAGUACCGUUCUUAUGACGAUUGGUCUAAAGUAUGUUCUCUGGUCUAUUCCAGACGUGACCUCGGCAUUCCUUUGCACAACUUUCAUGUCAUCUUUCAACAAGAGCCCGAUAAUUUACAAGCUCUUUUACAGGCCGGUGUUCUUGUAACAAUAGAUACCAAUUCCGACUCAGAAGAAGACGAGAGUUCAUAUUCAUUUAGAUCUCGUAGCCCUUAA